AUGGGGAAGCUAGGAGUGUACCCAACAUUACCAGUGACCAAUCUUCUCUUUGCCUUGAAAGCCCGUAUCACUUUUGCCGCUCAUGGUGUCUUGGCUAACAACUGGUCCACAUCAACAUUCGUUUGUAACUGGGUUGGAGUCACUUGUGGUGUUCGCCACCGACGAGUGACAUCAUUGGACCUUUCUGACAUGGCUCUUGAAGGUACGGUUCCUCCAAACCUGGGUAACGUCUCAUUUCUUGUUUCCCUCGACCUCAGUAACAACUCGUUCAGUGGUCAUUUGCCUAAUGAAUUAGUUCAUCUGCGUCGAUUGAAACUCAUGAAUUUGAGAUAUAACAAAUUUAGUGGACAACUUCCGUCAUGGUUAGGUGCCUUGACUGAACUGCAAAAGUUAUUUCUUUGUAGCAAUAGUUUUAUAGGUACUAUCCCACCUUCCUUCUCUAACAUGUCGAAGCUAGAAAGCUUGCGUUUGUCUUCCAAUUUUAUACAGGGAAUGAUUCCGCAAGAGAUUGGAAAUCUUCGGAACUUGAAGAUGUUGGACUUGCAAUAUAACCGGCUUAUAGGCCCCCUGCCACUCACCAUCUUCAACAUGUCUUCACUGCAAUUUAUUGCUUUCACAAGGAAUGGCAUAUCUGGUAAUCUUCCAGCCGAUAUGUGCUAUGGUCUUUCAAAUCUCCAAGGGCUUUAUCUAUCUAGCAACGACCUACAAGGCCAAAUUCCAUCCAAUUUAUAUGAGUGCUCAAAACUUCAGAUUUUGUCACUGUCGAUUAACAAUUUCAAUGGACCCAUUCCUAGAGGGACUUGGAACUCGACUGUGCUUGAGGUUUUAACUCUUGGCGAAAACAACUUCAAAGGUGAAAUUCUGCAAGAGACGAGUAACCUUCUUCAUUUGGAGUUGUUAUCAAUGGAGGAUGUAGGUCUCACUGGUCUCAUUCCAUCUUCCAUCUUUAAUAUCACUUCUUUGCAAAAGCUUUAUCUUUCUGGAAAUAGCUUUACAGGAUGGCGUUGCGAUUCCACAAAAGACGAGCGCAAUCUUCGUCAACGUUUCGCCCCUUGUUAUAAUCACGAUUUUGAUUUGGACCCAACGCGGAUGGCGUUGCGAUUCCACAAAAGACGAGCGCAAUCUUCGUCAACGUUUCGCCCCUUGUUAUAA